CAGCAGUAUUCAGAAGCCAAACACAGGCCUCGGUUAAAAAGCAGAAGCCGUCAGCAGCGUGAGCAGACGACAGAGGCACAUGGCGCAGGGUGGCGGUGGAGGCAGCAGCAAUGGAAGGCCAUACAGCACCCUAUGACAAAAUGGAACCCACCAACAGUGUAAGGAGACCUGAAAGUGGCACAUGGCAGAGUCUGGUGAUGAAGUCAGCAGCAAUGGGAGGCCGUACAGGGACCCAUGACACACUCUGGACCUGGCAGCAGCAAGAGGAGGCAGUACAGGGGCCCAUGGCAGAGUGGCGAAGCGUAAGCAGCUUAAAUUGAAGGCCAUACAGAGGCCUAUGCCAUACACAGGCCUAGCAGCAGCAUGGGGAGACGACUAUCAAGAGUCCA